GCCACCGUGCCUCCAGCUGGUCGUUGUUGGGCGGCUCAUGCUUCCGGAUCCCGCUUGGUGAUAAUCAGGCGUAGUUUCGAGAGCUCCUUCACGCUCCCCGAGACUCACGCGGAGCGUCUCGACCCAGUGAUGAAAUUAUUUCAAUUUGUGUGGGCAGCAUUCGGGAACCUUCUCGGGCUCAUCAACGGCACUCGAUGCUCGCUCUACAAUUAGCUGAGAUUCUGACUCAUUCGCUCACCUCCUCCCCCCCCCCCGAAAUUCUUCUAUGAUUGUUACGUUGGAGCUUCGCGCCAGGGGAUCUCCGAGCUGUCUCUAGGGGAUGGAGCAAUGCAUCGAUCGGACAACUGUGGACAGCGACCGAAUGAUGCUCGUCAGACCUAAAAUAAAUUCUUGCUUGACAGGAACAUCCGGAAUGCGUCUUUUCGCCAAGCUCUUGGCGGCGUCUUCACCCUCGAAAAGAGUAGUUACAUUAUUGACGGAGGCCCAACGCGCAGAGCUUCUAGAUCCAUUGCUCGUCCGCGGCUGGGAGUUACUUGAGGAUAGAGACGCGAUGCGGAAGGCGCUAACAUUGAAGGAUUUCAACGAAGCUUUCGGACUGAUGACGAGGAUCGCGCUGCACGCCGAGAAAAUUAAUCACCAUCCAGAAUGGCAGAACGUUUACAAUCGCCUCACGAUAACCCUCACAACCCACGACGUGAAGGGUCUCUCUACUAAAGACAUUCGGAUGGCGAAGUUCAUCGAAGAUAUACUUGACAAAUCCUGAUAGACCUGUAUUGCCGAGGGUCUGUGAGCUAGAGCUAGGUGAUGCCAGCGGAGUGAUUGUUAUGAUAUGUUUCUGCUCUGCCCCAUUGUUCUCCGGACUUGAUUCGACGGGUUCAUAGGAUGGGUGUGAAACUGGAAUCUGAGACAGUCUCAGCAGCAAUAGAGCUUGCUGGCAGGUUUAGGAGCGGGAUGAAUAGGUCGAUGCUUCAUCUCACUCCUCAAUCAUUUCGAUUUGUGGCUCCGCAUUACCUUUCGCGAUGUGAAUGAAUACUCUGGAAUCAAAUGUCAGCAGCAUUGUUCUUCAAACCCGCUGCUCCAGCCAGAAUGGAUCGAGGACAUCGAAUCGCUCUUUUAAGCGCCGCGGACGAGACGGGGAGAGUAUACUGUGACCCUCUGACGUGGAUCAGAUAUCAGACGAUAUCGAUCUUCGUCUUUUUUUGUCAGGUCCGUCACGUCUGAUCGCCUCCGAGGCUGGCCGAUACGAGAUCCAUGUAGUUCGAACUCCUUCAAUCUUCCAAAGCACGACGGACGUCACGUACAAACCUCUCCGUGAACUAUGAACUAUAGAAA